AUGAAGGGAGAUACCGCUGAGGAGCUGAGCCGCAUCCACAACGCUGUCACCGCCGCCAUCAAUGCACAGGAGAGUAUUGGACGUCCUAUCAACACGCACGGGAUGGACCUGUUCAAUCACCUGGUCAUCGAAUUGUUCGACGCACGCACUCGUCUCGAAUGGGAGUCAGCCACGUCAGACUCCACCGAACCACCACAGAACGAGGCACUUUUCGACUUCAUUAGUCGACGGGUAUUGACCCUCAACGCCGCACGACCGAGGAGUGUCACAAAGGGACCUGGAGAGGCAUCACGAUUCGCCAAAGCGCACGUCACCAGACAUCAAGGCACAGAUUCGCCUCAGUGUGCACUGUGUCGUGAAAAACAUACACUGAUAACCUGCAAGGAGUUCAAGGCCAAGACCGCGGUCGAACGGAAAACAUUCGUGGAGACCAACCGAUUGUGCUUCAACUGCCUGGGCAAUCACUUCUUGUCACGGUGUCAAUCAAAAAAGAAUUGCCUCACUUGCAACGCACGACACCACACCAUGCUGCACGGGGCAUCCACGUCACCACCGUCCGCUGAGGCCACUUCACUUGCCACCACACUGGCCACCUCACGGCAGUUUGAGAGUCACAAGGCCGUCCUUCUUGCAACUGCUCGCGUCAAGGUCGCGGACCGCUACGGAUCACCACACGAGCACUGGCUCAACGUCUUCGUCUUCCUCGAGCUUCGACGGAUCUGUCCAUCUUUGGCAUCGGAGGGACUCGCUGGAUCGGCUCGUGGCAAGGUUACCCUGGACAUCACAUCCGACGUGACCAACGCCGAGCUUCGCGUGGUCGCCUUUGUGCUGCCUCGCAUCUCACUACAACAAGGCACCGCCCAACGCGAGAAUUGCAGCUGGCCUCACAUCCAAGGACUCCGACUGGCCGACCCGCGGUACCUGGAUGACGAUCCUGCGGAGCUACUUCUUGGUGCAGAGGUCUACUCGUUGAUCCUUGAGGAAGGCCUUCGUAAGGGCGACUCACGCAUGCCGAUCGCCCAGCAGACCAGCUUAGGAUGGAUCCUGUCCGGAGGCUACGACUCAGCAGUCACCGACGGACAUCGCCGCACGUUUCAGUGCACUGCCGACAACGACCUCGCUGACCUGGUGCGACGAUUCUGGGAGCAGGAACGCGAGCCAGCAGCUGGGAUCUUGCUCACCGCCGACGAAGCCAGAUGCGAGGACAUCUAUGUGCGCACAGUCACACGCACAUCCAGUGGAAGAUACGUGGUGAGGCUGCCAUUUGCCUCACCGCCGACAUCACUCAGCGAGACUCGUCGACCUGCAGAGCGCCUCCUGGAAGCAAUGGAGCCGAAGGGAGCCCGUGAUGCUCGGUUCGGUGAUCUCUAUCGAGACUUCAUGGACGAGUACGAAAACCUGCAACACAUGGAGAAGGAUUGUCGCCUGCAAACCAUCCUGUGGCGCCACAACAGCUCAGACAACAUCCACGAGUACGAGCUGAAGACCGUGACCUACGGACUGGCGUGCGCACCCUUCCUCGCCAUCAGGACUCUUCAACAACUUGCCGCAGACGAAGAGGCACGCUCUCCACGCGGAGUCAGGGCGCUGCGACACGACUGUUACGUCGACGACGUGGUCACCGGUGCUGACAGCCUAGCGGAUGCUGUCGAACUCCAACAGGAACUACAAAGGCUCUGCAUGGCGGGCGGAUUUCCUUUGCGAAAGUGGGCUGCCAACAAUCAGCUGGUACUCACCGGAAUUCCACCGGAACAUCGGCUUCAACGCGGACCGCGCUCGUGGGAAGGAGAGAGCCACGCCACCCUGGGUCUUCGAUGGCAUCCUCAAGGGGAUUGGUUCUCCUUCACCAUACGUCCACGUUCAAUCACCGACCACACGAAGAGACGAGUCUUGGCCGAGACAGCUCGACUAUUCGAUCCGAUGGGCUGGCUAGCGCCUGUCGUCAUCCGAGCCAAAAUUUUGAUCCAGUCUACGUGGCUUCAACGGCUGGAUUGGGACUCUCCGCUGCCUGAUCAGGACGCACACCGCUGGAAACAACUGUUGAAUCAACUUCCGUUGCUGGAUCACAUCCGUGUGGAUCGUUGGCUCAGCACCGGAGAUGACCAGUCGCAAUUGCAGCUCCAUGGGUUUGCCGAUGCAUCGGAGCGAGGAUACGCCGCCGUCGUGUACAUCCGUAACGCUGCAACAGAGAAAACAUCAAUUAAUCUGCUGAUGGCAAAAUCGAAGGUCGCACCAGUCAAGCAGGUGUCGUUACCUCGAUUGGAACUUUGUGCCGCCGCAUUACUCACCACGCUCAUGCUGCAUGUACGCACUACCCUCGGCUUGGCUGCUACGCCGGUGCACCUGUGGUCUGACUCUAAGAUCACUCUUCACUGGAUCGACGGACACUGCACGGGGGUGUGCAGCUGA